AUGGUGACGAAGCGAAACUGUGGUCUGCCGUUGAUCUGCCUCGUUUGCGGUGAUGUCGCACGCGGUAUCAAUUUCGAUGUAAUGACUUGUAUGUCUUGCAAAACAUUCUUUCGACGACAUUCACAAAAAUUGAUCAAAGUUGAUCCUGUCUGUAAAUCGAAUGACAACUGUGAAAUUACGAAAAUGACACGAGGUACUUGUUCAGCAUGCCGAUUGAAGAAAUGCUAUGAACUUGGAAUGACUUUCCAUUCGUUGCGUCGAUGGCCAUCAUCAAAUGGAUCUCAUUUGAUAACAAACAGCCAGAGAUCAGCUUCUCUACUACCGAAGCCUGUACCCAUUGGUCUCCUUCAAAAUGAUCGUUCGAAUUUGACAACUGAUGAAUGGAGCUUGCUUUCAAAUAUUAUUCAUGCGUACGAUGAAACCAAUAUCAUGCCACAUAUAAACCAUCUUCUAGCUCAGCAAUCAUCAUUACCUCCUAAACUACGCUCGAAAGUAUCGAAAUCAAUGAACAUACUGCAAUUUUUUCUUUCUGCACUACAACCGUUCUUCGAAUGUUCGCCAUACUUUCAAAAACUCACAGUUAACUCGCGUCAAAUACUGAUCCAACAGAAUUAUGACACAGCUAGCAUAAUGAACUGUGUUUUUAUCAUACGCGAAAUGAGUGCACUUAAUAACAUGACCUUUCUGAUUAGUUGUGACGCUGUUUAUGGUGAUGACAUCUUUCAAUAUUCAACUCAUUUUGUUUCGCGCUUAGAACCAAACAGUAUGCUGAUCAAAAUCUUGCUAUUAAUCUUAGCCUUUUCAACGAAUUGCUCGAUUGUCACACCUAAUCAAUCGAAUAGAAGAACAAGUGUAUCGAAUGCAAUGACAAUACUCGAAGUACAAAACAUCUUUGUGACCAUGUUUUGGAAAUAUUUGAUUUAUCAAUACGGUUUCACUGCCAGUGUCAAACGUUUGAAUUCAUUGAUAAAAUACAUUCUUGAUCUUCUUCAUAGUAUUAAUGAAAAAAGCAAUGUUCAACAUGGUCAAAUGAUUGAUACGAUUGUUGAACAAACAACACGUUCGCUAUCGAUAUAG